AAAUCUCAAUUUGCUUGGUGCGCACCCCGCGCCAGCGCCAACGAAAACUGAUGGGCCAAGAAACGGCACGCCAUUGAAUCGUGACCCCGCACCAUUCCCAGUCCGUCGGAGUGAGUCCCGUGUUGUGUGCAAAACCGACCGGUGGUGGUGGUGACCACAGCACCUUUUACCUUGGCCCCUUGCAAGCGCGGGUGAAAAACAGUGUGUUGUGUGGGGAGCAAGAGACUGGAGAGUGGCAGGGCAUUGCAGCAACUUUGCCGUAUUUUCCCCUCCCGGUCACAUUCCUCAUAACCUCGGAUCCCAAUUACUUAGUAGCUUUGCUUGGCCCUUACCCCUCGAGAACAGCACACGAACUGUGAUGAUUGGCAAGUCGAAUGUCGUUUUGCGUAGCUCCGGCGCACCAAUGCAAGCAGCGCAGAGUGUCCUGCGGAGAUGAAGUGCUUCGAUGGCGACAGUAGACGGCUGGCGACACUGAACGGACGGCAUGCGUGUGUCGUCGUCGGUGCUGGGGACGGAACGACAGUUGCAUUUCAUUGGCCGCCGAGCCCGAGUCGUCCGCGUGUCUCUGCGUCGGACGCGCGUAGACUAGGACACUGUGUUUGGUCGCAUUUGGCAGCGGCGGCGGUCCGCCAUCUCCGCUAAGAUGAUGAUGAUGGCCAAUAAUAAUUCCGGCGAGGCGAAGGGGGGCAGUAGCGCCGGGAACGCCCAACCGAACGAGGGAGGUGCCGGUGGCGGAGGUGAUGAGUCUGGUAGUGACGGCGGCGGUGGUGGCGCUGGUGGCAGUGCCAACGCCAGCACCGGGGACAGUGAAGUGAAUAUACGGCGCGGUCUGGAUGUGAUACAGAGCAUGAUCGAUAUAUCGGCCGACCGGCUCGAGGGACUGCGGACGCAGUGCGCGACCAGCGCCGAGCUGACGCAGCAGGAAAUCCGCACGCUCGAGACGAAGCUCGUGAAGCUCUUCUCCGAUCUGUUAAUUACUAAAUCGAAGCUCCCGGAGCGGUUGCCCGCCCGGGGUCUGCCCGCCACCGGGAACGAACUCAAGCAAUGGCUCAGGGUCGUCGGUCUGAGCUGUGCGUCACUCAACGCUGUGAUACAACAGGUCAGCACGCUCGAGGGACUGCUGGAGAAGGACGACAAGGAGCUGCGGACAAUCAUGGGCAACAAUGUGUACGUCCGGGAAGAGGAAAUCAAGCGGUUGACGCGCGCCUCCGGCAACUUGAAGCGCUACCGAGAGCAGCUCGAGGCCGUGGCCGGCGGGCGCAAGGUGAAUGCGGGUGACGCGAUGCACGAUCUCUUCUGGGACUCCUGGGACCGCCAACCGGCCUGCCAUCGCACGUCGCCCCGCGUGAACCGCUCGUUGGCCGGGGCCAAGUGCAACAAGCCGAACGUUAGCUAUCGCCACAACAACGGACCACCGACGGUCCCGAUGGCGGCCGGCGGCGGAGAGUUUCACGCUGACCAUCACCACAUCACCAGCCCGCAGUCGGAGGAAUCGAUGGCCUCCCAGCAUCAUCAUCACCAUCAGCAGCACCACCACCAACAACACCACCACUACCACCAGCAGCAGCACCAUGAACAGCUGCUCAAUCCGCAUCACACCAUCUCCCCGGACGAAGCGUCGACCAGCGGCUGCACUCCCUCGCCAUCGCCCCCGAACUCGCCCUCCAGCGUGAUGCUGCACGGCAAGCAACAGCAGCAGCAGCAGCAGAACCGCAAGGGUUUUCCGACGACGCCACCGCCCAAGCGGAAACAUCAGACCGCGCUGCUCACCUCUUCCUCGUCGUCCUCCGCUUCCUCGGCGUCCACGGUCACGGGGACUGCGACGGUCACCACAACGCAGUCGGCAGGGGCCGUCGCUGCUUGCGCCGGAGGCACCAAUCCUGCGGAUGCCGCUUCCGCUGCGGCACUAACCAAAUCGAAAUCCCACGAAUCGCAGUUUGGCGGCGGCGGCGGCGGUGGUGCCGCUGGUGCCAACAACAAUCACGCCGUCAACAACAACAACAACAACAACAAUAAUAACAACGGUAGCAGCGCUGGUCCGGGAGGAGGCAACAACAAUCCGCUUUAUCUCGUCAACAAUAACAACAACAUUCCAACGAACGUGGUACCGCUGGGGUCGAACCACGAAGCCGGAGGUCCGGUCGUCGUCAGCUCCGCAACGACGACGACCACGACAACCGGCAGCAACAUUCUGAGCGAAGGUGCGGCACUGAUGGCCGCCAAUCAGCGGCCGAUGGGCAACGGAAGUGCCGGCCAGCGGAUGGGAACGUUCCCGCGCAGUCGGCUGCACACGGAACCGACCAUCACGAGCAGCAACACUACGGGGUCCCCGUCCGGUGGCACCACCACGCAGCCGGAUCAUCUUCCCCAGCCGCAGCACCAUCACCACCACCAUCCCCACCACCAUCAUCAUCUGCACCACGGGGCGCCGCAUCAUCACCCUCCGUCGUACCAUCACCAUCUGCAGCAGCAAGUAACAGGCGGCGGCCAGUCGGACGGU